UUUCACAACGAAAGUUACGUUCUCUCCUCAAAGAUGAAGCGCAAGAACGAUACACCAGCCAAUGGCGCCUCCAAAAAGCGCGCCAUUUCCGACUCAGAAGCAGAAAAGAACUUUCGCGCCGGCCUUUUUGAUAGCAAAGUGCUUGACGACUACACUCAGCAAUACGCAAAAUCAUCACCCUACAAACAUGCCGUAAUCCACAACCUGAUCUCCUCACCCCUCCUCCGCGCUGUCCGCACCGAAAUCCGCGAGCACAUCUCCUUCACGCCCAAGGAAACCGACAUCUACAAAAUCCACCAGUCCGGCGACCUCGCAAACCUCGACGGUCUCGACGAUGCUGCUCUGCGUAGGCUUCCAUCGCUUCUCACGCUCCGCGAUGCCCUCUACUCGGCUGCGUUUCGGAGAUAUAUCGCGAGUGUUGCGGGAUCGGGGCCGCUGAGCGGAGUCAAGACGGAUAUGGCUGUGAAUGUGUAUACGCCGGGAUGUCACCUCCUCUGCCACGACGACGUUAUUGGGAGUCGGCGCGUAAGCUGGAUUCUAUACCUGUUGGACCCGGAUCGGGACUGGAAGCCGGAAUGGGGUGGGGCUUUGCGUCUGUAUCCCACAGAGGUGCUCAAGAAUCAGGACGGUGACGAGGUGAAGAUUCCACAACCGGACUUCUCUGUGUCGAUCCCGCCGGCGUGGAACCAAUUGUCCUUCUUCACGGUACAGCCUGGGGAGAGCUUUCACGAUGUUGAGGAGGUCUACCGGCGCAGCAAAGAUGAGUCAGAAGAGGAAGAUGGAGGUCGAGUGCGGAUGGCGAUCAGUGGCUGGUUCCACAUACCCCAAGAAGGCGAGGAGGGAUACGAAGAGGGUCUUGAAGAGAAGCUAGCUGAGAAGAGUUCACUCGCUCAAUUGCAAAGAGGGAAAGCAGACGCUUUCGACCGACCUCAACCACAAUGGGUCGAAUUUGAGGACAAUUCUGAGGACAACGAGGAGGAAGAGGAGCUCUCGACCGCAGAGAUCGAAUUCCUUCUAAACUACCUAAACCCAAAUUACCUCACCCCCGACACCGUCGACGAGCUCCAGGCGAUGUUCGCAGACGAAUCAUCCCUCCAACUCUCCACCUUCCUCUCCAACAAGUUCUCCGCUCGUCUACAAACAUGGAUUGAGUCCAAAGACCACGAGGAGUACCCAAGCCUCCCCGCCCACCCUUCAGCUCUAAAAGGAGACUCCACAGGCGUCGCAUGCCCGCCACAUAAACACCGCUUCCUAUACCGCCAACCUGUCCUCCCACUCCCCACACCAACCCCUGACCUGGAGCUCAGCCCAUACGACGAACUCGUCGACGUCCUCUUCCCCCACCCCUCAUUCCGCAAAUGGCUCGCCCUCGCCACCGGUCUCACCCUCACAAAAUCCAACAUUCUCGCCCGCCGCUUUCGCCGCGGCGUCGACUACUCCCUCGCCACCGCCUAUGAGGAGGAGGAACCGCAGCUCGAGAUUUGUCUCGGUAUAACGCCGUCAAGCGGAUGGGCGCCUGAGGAAGCCGAAGAAGACGACGCCACCGCCGGCGCCGAGGAGAAAAACGGUUCCAGCAGCAACGGCAAGGCAAAAUCGAUAGCGAAAGAGCUAGUACCUCCGGCCCCAGCAACAGAGGAGCCCGAAGUCGGGGGUUACGAGAUGUACAUGGCCGGCGAUGACGAUGAGGCCUCUGCCCCUGCUGCCUCGAACGCUGAGUCGUCAACACAUACAGGAGCUGGGCAGCGGAGAAAGACGAAAGCAGAUCCGGCGGUAUAUCGCAGCGCGGCGGAUGAUGAGGAUGAUGGGGUGUUGUUUUCUAUGCCGGCGAGUUGGAACGCCUUAAGUGUGGUUCUGAGGGACCAGGGUGUGCUGAGGUUCGUGAAGUAUGUGAGUAAGGCGGCGAAGGGGGAUCGGUGGGAUGUUUGUGCGGAGUUUGGGGUGGAGUUUGGGGAGGAGGGGAGUGAUGAGGAGGAAGGGGAUGAGGAGUAAGUCGGGAAAAGGGAGAAGGGUUAGAUGGAAGGCGAGGAUAAUCUAGAGGAGGACAAGGUCUGGAUGAGAGAUCCGAGAUUCUGUGGCUUGGUAGGGACUGAAGUUGGGUAUCAGGUAACCUUCCUUAAGCAACUAUCAGCUCACACGUCUUUCCCGCCUUACCCGUGUUUUCUCACCCGCAUUGGUGUAUAAAUCUCCUGCAUCGACCGCCGAAAUUAGCGUCUUUGUUCAAUGACACCCUUUGCGGGAGACAUCAAUGAGUCUCCCAAACAUGGACAUGUCUGGUGGCGGUGGUGAUGGUGGAGGGCGAAACACGUGCCGAGCCGGUGACGGCCG